AUGUCAUCCUCCAUAAUCAAUAUUGCGGCGCUCAAGGACCAUUAUGAGGCGGUCCUCAAGUGUCUUGCAACCCUGGAAGAGAAGACAAGUACAGAUUUGCAAGCUAUAAAUGCGCUUCCAAACCCGUUAGGACUUACAGAAGGGCAGAAGAUGGAACUCUUUUUCCUCGGGCUUUACAACAACAUAAAGCUAGCCGUGUCUUAUUUUUGUGACAAGCAUGGCCUCCCUAAGAAGGAGGUAACGAUGUAUUUAUCAGAGGUUCGUAAGCAGGCCGCGUGCUUGGUCCAAAACAAGCCUCUACUGUAUAGCGGCGAGGAGCUUAGCUCUAGCGAGGAAGAUAGCUAUGUCGUUGAUUUUCCCCACAUGGAUAGUAACUUUGUCCGACAGCUCGGGGACAGCAUCGAGCUGGAUAUCCCAGUAACAUUAGAUCACAGUGACGAUGAGAUCCUUCAGGAGGCACCUCAACCGAGAGAGGUUCUGCCACUUGCCAGCCAAUCUUCAAAGAAGACAAAGACAGGCUCCUCCUCCAAAGCAGAUGCACCGCAUGAACCGGAAGUCAAGAAAUCAAAGUCUGGGAAGGACAGAAGCAACAAAAAGCAGAGUCAGUAG